CGAGGAUCUCUAGAACCGCGUCAGCUUCGCUUUGUGAGAACCUCAGAGGUGGCAUAAUCUCCUCCUACUCAUCUUCAUUUCAAGUGACCAACGACAGCAUGUGUUGGUCCAGCCCCAUCCAUACCUCCUAGAAUCAUCUCUGUCGACCGAUUUAUCGUCUGAUUGAUAGCAAGUACCGCUGCGAUCAAUCCAUCUUUCCCCUCUCACCUCCCACCUAUCUCAAACAACAUGCCUUCAGCUUAUAAGAGCAAAGGCAAAGGCCGCGACGCACGCCAGUCGCGCAGUCGCAAUACCACUCCAUCCAGCGCUAGUGCCCCUACGAUUCCAGGACCUCCGCUUCAGAAUUACCUGGAAAAUGAUGUAACCAAGCUCAUUGACCUGGCUAAUGGCCAGUAUGCCGAUGUGUUGGACUUGUUGGCCGCGCAGAAUAUCCCAGAUUCGAAAACGCUUGAGGCCUUAGUGGAACACCUGAAGAGUCUCAGUGACAUGGCUGAUGCUCGGGGUGAGGUCUGCAAUGCGGGAAUGCGGGAGAUGUCUCAGAAGCGCAAGGAAGUAAUGGAGGACCAGGAACUUGAUCGUGAAGUCCGAGACCGAGCAAGACUGAAGCGCGAGACAGAAGAAGAGGAUGAUAUCCACAAGGGCGGGAAGCUGAAAAAGCGGAAAGAGCGCGCAAGUGGGAAGGAGGAGCGUCCAUUGACUCAUGGAGCUCACCAGGUCGGGCGUCAGGAUGGUGCUGAAACUAAGAUUGAGGGAGCGGCCUCCCCAGCAUCGAAAAACUCCAAGCGCGCUGCAUCCGAUGACAGCUCCUCGCUUUCACCACCCUCUAUGAUGUCUCCCAACGGUGUGACCACCGCUGGCGAUGGUCCAGCUCCCCCGGCUCCCCCGGGUCUGAAACAACCUGAGCCUGCCCCGGCUGUCCCUCAAAUACAAGUUUUCGGUGAUAAUCCGCUGAAGUUUGACGACCCUACCAUUUACCACAUCCGCGAUGUUCUCCCAGAUAUGACCGACGAAGAUAAGAAAGAGAUUUACAGCGUUGCCCGAUUCCCCAAGAGCGACCUCGCUCACAUGCUAGCUGGUGUUGCACCCGACAAGGACUUUAGCAACGCGAAGCCAUCCAAUCAAGUCAGCGCCAAUACUUUCCUGACAUACAUUGAGCCAUACGUUCGGCCUCUUACCGAGGAGGAUAUUGCCUGGUUAAGGGAACGAGGGGAUCGCGUUACCCCAUUUAUAAUCCCACGUCGCGGAAAGAAAAGCUAUCGUCAGCUAUGGGCAGAGGAAGAUGGUGUAUCCUACGAUUCGAGCCAAGAUGACAAGGAUCAGCUCCCGUUGAACCAAGGUCGUGGCAGCAUCGACACAUUGACUGAUGAUAAAGCGGAAACCAACGAGGUCUCCGUUGGGCCCCUCCUGAGCCGACUCUGCUCUCUUCUGCGUUACGAGCACCGAACCCUUCCCGACGAUAAUGCAAACUCAGCCACAAGCGAAGGCGGCCUCGGCGGAGACGCAAUGGAGCUUGACCAGCCGAACGGCGAACCAGAAAUCAAGACCGAGAAACAAUCACAACCUCCUGCAACAGCCUUCCGUGAUGCCGACCCAAAUGGCUUCAAGACCUCAGUCGCAAAGCUCGACCACGCCCAACUCGACGAACGUGCCAAGGCCGAGCUUCGAUAUAUUGGAUUCCUCGGCGCGGACGAUAACCCAGACUACGACGCACACUACGACGAUGAGGUUGCCGAACGUCUCCGCCUGCUACAAGGCGAGCUCAAGAAGCAAAUUGUCACCAAUAACGCGCGCAAGGCCCGUAUCCUAAAGAUCGCCCAGGAGCACAUGGCCAUGCUGGAAUUCACCACCAUUCAAGACGACCUCGACACUCAGGUCCAGCAGGCCUACCUCAAGCGCACCCGAACCAUGGGCAAGAGCAAGAAGGGCGCUCAGGCUAAGCACCGACCCGGCGGUGCAGGUGGCGGCAGCCACGUCGCUGGCGCUGCGGGCGUGUCUCGUCCUGCUGUUGGAGACGCUGCCAAGAUUGUUAUGGACCGUCGUCGGCGCUGGAACGAGGCUUUCCUGCCUAUCUUCGAUGAUAUCAAGACUACGAUUCCUUCAGAGGGAGAGUCGAUCUUCGACCCGGCUGUUAUGGCCGAGCAUGAAAAGGCUGAACUUGAGAACUGGGAGGAGGAGUAAAAUCCGUCACUUGACUUGGAUCUCUCCUCUCCUUUGACUGGUCUUGUGUCUCUUCCCUUUUCUGAUCUCUAGCAGCUUCGCGGAGGCUUCUUGUUCUGAUUCAUUUUCUUGCACGAUACGAUACGAAUGGCAUGACGGGCUGGCGGGCGUUAGCGGAUACCUUUUUUUUUUUUCUUUCCCAGUUCCACUGCCAUGUUAGAUUCGGAGACCGGGCGUGGACUCGUCUGUGCUUAUUGAGGAUGGAAGGCAUUGUGUUUGUCUGUAUUCGCGCGAAGAGAGUAGUCUCUCUACUACGUCCU